AUGGCAGAGCUCAGCCCAUUUUCCAUAGAUCCAUGGAUGCCCAUAAUCCAUAGAAUGGAACGUGGAUUUGCGUGUUUUGGAAUCCUCCUGAACUGCAUAUUGCUAUCGAUGAUAGUACAUAGAUCGCCGAGUGAAAUUGGCGUUUACAAGUACCUCAUGAUGUACAUUACUAUCUUCGAGCUAUUUUUUGGUGGGCUGGAGAUCAUAACAGUACCUCAAUUUCAUACAAUGGGCUCCCAAUUUUUCGUUUUCAUUGUGCCGGAAAUUAUUGAAAUGUCGGAUUUUGUGUUGCAGAUUUCUGCGAUGAUUUACUGCGGCUCAUUUGCAAAUUCACUGGCAAUUUUCGCAGUUCUGUUUGCUUAUCGAUAUCAAGUCUUGAGCGGAAACACUUCUUGGACAUCAUUAAACCUUCGAAAUGCCAUGUUCUGGGGCACCGUACCUCUAUUCGUAGGACUAUUUUGGACAGUAUCCACCAGAAUUUUUUUAGGCCGGAACACAUUCUUUGACAUUGCUUUAAGUCGAGACCCGUCACUGGCAAAGUUUCAAAAUAUCCGAUUCGGAUUUAUUGGAAGCUUCUUCUACCCGCAGCUUGCCGAUGGAACAAAAGUGAUCAACUGGGACUCGUUUAUCGGAAUGGCUUUCAGCACUUGUAUUCUUUUUGGAUCCGAGUAUCUGAUGCUUUUCUACGCAGUCAAAUCAUACCUGCUUACCAAGACACUCAUGCAAUCAGCAUGCUCCGCCAUCUAUAAAAAACUUCAGUGGCAACUAUUCUACGCUCUUGUUUCUCAAACAUUCAUUCCAAUUCUGCUUAUGCAAGUUCCAAUGUCUGCAAUCUUCGUUUCAAUAUUUUUUGACAUGUCCACCCCAACUCUUGGUCAUAUUCAAACCUUUACUAUUUCAAUUUACCUGGCAACUGACGCGCUUCCCACAAUGUUCAUAAUCAAGCCCUACAGGGAUAAAAUCAUAUAUAGAAUUCAGUGCAUCGCAUCAAUCUUCAAAGCAGUGCUGCCAGGUCAGAGUAGAACCAACUCUUCUGUGGUGGAAAUGUCGUCGAGACAUAUUUCUUAA